UGAGGAAUUUGAAUCCUGUUUGAAGGGGGAGAGGGAAAAGAAAAAGCCAGGGGAAUGUCUGAGGGAGUCUGAGGGAACCGGUGGGCAGGAGAGAGACUUUUGACGAAAGGCUGCAGGAAACACUGGUUUAAAAAUACUCCCUCAGUUUCUAGAAAUAGACUUGGACAAGUUAAUCAGCGGCCGUAAAGUUUGGUGCGCCUUUUUUGCGCGUUUUUGAGGUAAUUGGGAAAGUUUGGUGGCACUGGGAUCAACCAAAACAACAGCGUUUAAGGAGAAAAGCAACAGGACUUUUAAGCAGAGCGGAGAUUAUUUUUUUUUUUACACUCUGUCUAGUAAAAAAAAAAAAAAAAAAAAAAAAAAGGGGGAACAGAAACGAAGGGUUCCGGUUUAAUUUGGUCUCAUCUGUGGAUAAUCACACUUUCAGCAUCUACCGGAGUCAGAAAAACUUUUUCACCGCACAACUUUGGAUCUUUGGAGCUGUUGAGAUGCGGUGAUGGAGUCCGGUGGUGUUCCCAAGAUGACUGCUCUUCUUAUGAAGCACAUUUUCAGAGGUGAUCUCCUUUCAAGAAGAACCAUGAGCGGGUCCAAAUGGUCGUUUUUUAUCGUCACCGUCUUUUUUUCCGCUUGGAGGCCAGUAACCGCCGGCAUACUGACAGAUUUGGAGUUUGAGCGGAGUCCCAACACUGUCAUCUCUUCGCUGGGCAAACCUGUUACGAUGCAUUGCACCCUGAAGGGUACGGGGGGCGAGGAAGAAGACCCCCCUGAUGUGGUCUGGCUGAGAGACGGUGUGGCACUUCAGUUCGCAGACACCAACCAGUUCCAAGUCCACACUGGCAGCAACAGUUGGACGGUCAAGAGCACGCUCAGUAUUGAAAAAGUCCAGCUUCCCGACAUGGGCUCCUACCAAUGUGCUGUUCUGUCAGAAAGCCACCAGACUAUGUCUGAGGAGGGGAGCAUUCUGCUGGAGGGCCUUCCUCAUUUCUCUGUGGAGCCCCAGCACAUGUCUAUAGUGGCCAACAUAUCACUGAGCCUGAGCUGUGUGGCCCACGGACCUCCAGAGCCAGUCAGGGUCAUCUGGCUGCAGGACGGUGCUCAGCUCAACUCCCUCAAAGACCCGGUGGCUCUGUCACCCUCCACACUCAACCUCACAGGUCUAAACAGGACCAGCACUUUUUCUUGCGAGGCCCAUAACGGCAAAGGUGUGGCCACCUCAGGAUCUGGUACCAUCACUGUUCUCCCAUCCCCGCCUCAGAAUCUGAGAGCUCUAGAGACCACUCCGACCAGUCUCAGUAUAUCAUGGCAGCCUGGUUUUGGAGGCGACUACCCAAUAAUGCGUUGCUCUGUUCAGGCCAAACAUUCAGGAGAGUCCUUCCCAGAAGGCCCAGAUAAGCUGAUCCACAACCAGAAUGUGAACAUCCCACCAGCCUCGCACCUCAUCGGGGACCUGGAGCCCCACAGCCUCUAUGCUGUCAGAGUGGCCUGUCACAGCAGCCAGGGCCCAUCUGAUUGGUCGCCCUGGGUGGAGCUACGCACCAAAGAAGGAGUGCCAGAAAACCCACCUGUGAACGUGAGCGCGGUGCUAAACGGGACUGAGGUGCUGGUGACGUGGGAGGGACCUCCAGGGAAGCUGAAUGGAGAACUACAAGGCUACGUGGUGGAGUACAGCACACCUGCCGCACAGCAGUAUGUUGUGAACACUGGAUUGGACACCGAGCUCUCAAUCAAUCUGUCUGUCCCCCUGUCCAAUGUGUCUUUUCGAGUGUGUGCCUAUACAGGGGCGGGGCCAGGACCCUGGACCCCCACUCAGACCCUGACACUUAUUGCUCCUGGUCCUUCAUCGCCCCCGGCCUUUUCCUGGCACUGGUGGUAUGUGGUGAUGGCCAUUGCCGGCGCCGUGUCCAUAGCUGUGCUCAUGGCUGUUUAUGUGGCCAAGCUGCGGCGUAAGGAGACGCGUUUUGGAGAGGCGUUUGAACCCAUGAUGGAGAGCGGAGAGCUGGUGGUCAGGUAUCGCGCUCGCCGCACCUACAGCCGCAGGACUACAGAAGCAACAUUGAACAGUCUGGGCAUCAGCGACGAGCUGAAGCAGAAGCUCCAAGACGUGAUGGUGGACAGACAUAAACUAACCCUGGGAAAGACCCUGGGAGAAGGGGAGUUUGGCUCUGUGAUGGAAGGCCUGCUGACUCAGGAGGAGUCUGCUCUCAAAGUUGCUGUCAAGACUAUGAAGAUUGCCAUCUGUACCCGCUCAGAGAUGGAAGAUUUUCUCCGUGAGGCUGCCUGCAUGAAAGAGUUUGACCACCGCAAUGUCAUGAGGCUUCUAGGUGUGUGUCUGCAGACUGUGGAGAGUGAAGGUUACCCCUCCCCGGUGGUCAUUCUGCCCUAUAUGAAACACGGAGACCUGCACAGCUAUCUGCUAUACUCAAGGCUGGGAGACUCUCCUGUGUACCUCCCGUCUCAAAUGCUGGUAAAGUUUAUGACUGAUAUUGCCCGAGGGAUGGAUUACCUCAGCAACAAGAACUUCAUCCACAGAGACCUUGCCGCUCGCAACUGCAUGCUGAACGAGAACAUGAACGUAUGUGUGGCCGACUUUGGCCUCUCCAAGAAGAUCUACAACGGAGACUACUACAGGCAGGGGCGAAUCUCAAAGAUGCCCGUCAAAUGGAUCGCUAUCGAGAGCUUAGCUGAUCGCGUCUACACCACCAAAAGUGACGUGUGGUCGUUUGGAGUCACAAUGUGGGAGAUCGCCACGCGGGGCCAGACUCCGUACCCUGGGGUCGAAAACAGUGAGAUUUAUGAUUACUUGAGACAGGGAAACCGUCUCAAACAGCCUCCAGACUGUCUGGACAGCAUCUACUCCCUGAUGUUCUCCUGCUGGCUGCUGAGCCCCAAGGAUCGCCCAUCAUUUGAGUCCUUGUGCUGCGAGCUGGAAAAAGCCCUUGAGGAUCUGCCGGACACCCAGGACCCAGACGAGAUAUUGUACGUCAACAUGGACGAGUCUUCCAUGGAGCUAGGGGCCGUUGGUGGCCGUGACCCCAUUGGGGGGCCGUCCCCUCUCUGCCUGAAGGCCCUGGACUCUGUGACCACAGUGGAGGUCCACCACCCCAACCGCUACGUCCUCUGUCCCCAACACGAGACCAACCGAGCCCUCUCGGACUCCCUGGAGAGCCUGGACAUGCCGGUGUCGUCUUCCGCAGCUACGCUGCCUCUACAACCAUCCUGCCACUCCACUCCCAACCCCACACCAGCUCCCACCCCAACUUUUGAGCUGCUGGAGGACAGGGAAGGGUCCAGAAAAAUGCCCUGGCAGUGAUGGCUUCACUUUUUUUUUUUUUUUUAAAUGGCAAGACUUUUCACUGCCAAAGUGUGCCAUCCUUUAUCCCUAGUCCAAGAAUGAGAUCCAGCCUCUUGCUACUGACUACAUCAUAUCUACAUACAUAUUUUGCACAAAUUCACACACACACACACACACACACACACACACACACACACACACACACACACACACACACACACACAGCCGAAGGCAUUCCAAGGAAGUGAAGGAUUUGGAUUCUCUCCUUUGUCAACCCUUUUCUCUUCUGAAAUGAGCACGUUUCCGAGCGAGUGUAAAGGCUAUUGUGUGAUUAGUGUAGCAGGAGGAACACUGUUACCAACGAUAGACAGUGGGUGAAGAAGUUUAGAGCACGUUACCCUCAUACACUGCAGCACAAUCAGAGAAUCUAAUUCCAAGUCCAUAUGGCAAUAAAAUACCAUAACUACCUGUAUACAACAGAUCAAUCCCCUUCACACAACUAAGCUAAACAAUCUCAGUGAAAGCAGCUUAGACACUGCCAGGCUGAAUCUACAACCAAACAAACUCAGGAGCUUGAAGUUGCGAGUAAAGGGCUAACAUGGAGGACUCGCAGCAGCUGAGACAGUGCUCCUCUGACGGAGAAACCUCACCCAUCUGAAAUCCCUGCUCCUGUGCAGAAAUAACCCGAGAACAGUUGGGAAAGAAAGAAAAAAAAUCAGCAGCAGUGCCUCUUUCACUGAAGGUAUCGUCUGAUGAAGACGACUAGCUGCUUUACGGUUAUGCUGAUACAAUUUAUGAAGGACAAUAAGACGAGUUAAAACUAAGAUCGCCAACAAGGAUGGGCUUUUUCAUUAUUUUUUUUAGCUUUCAGCAGUGGUUUUGACAAAUGUUGAUCUUGACAAAUGUCUUUUAUAAUGUUAUAAUUUUCUUUCCCCACAUAAACCCUUCAACUAAAGUUCACCUUACCUGAAAGUUAGAAGACUUUUAACCUAUAACAACAGAAUAUGAAUGACAUUUGAAUUUAACAACUAAAGAAUUAAAAGAGUCCAAAAUUGCAGGCUUUAGAUUAUUUCAUGUGAAGUCGUUUUGAAUGAAGAAACUCCAUCUUAUUGAUCCUUCGUACGCUAGCCUAAUGUAGCGCUCUAACAACCCCUGCAUCCUCUCAAGUGGUCGUACUGCUAGUUGUGCAUUAAGCACCAUGAGCCAUUUACAGUUCACACAAGGCAUCUCUUUCCUCACUAACACGCGAGACAUCUGUGAAAAUCCUGAACUAGUCUAUACAUCGUUGUCAUAACUCAGGAAACUGGAGACUUUGCUCAACAGUGACAGAGGUACUGGUCAAAUCAAGAGGGUACAAAUAAUCAGAGGCAGGUGGAUGGACUGAGGGUAGGUACAGACAUGAUGAAGUUACCCGAGGCAGAUAAGCUCCUCACCUUUGCGUUUGGCUCAAGCACAGUGUUAUUACACAUUUUGUAAAAAAAAAAGAAAAAAAAUGAUGCUGAUUUUGUUUUUCUACAACUUUGCACUAAUGUUUUUUUUAUAUCAUUGUAUGUUUGUUUAUAAUUUGUAUAUCUUUUACGCUUUUUCAUUUUGUGUUUUAAUUACUUUCUCUCUAAUAAGAAUCUGUCCACAUGUAACAACUUGCAUAUUCAUAAAGGCAGAGAACAUAGCCUGUGAAAUCAUUGCAGGGCAUCCAAUGGAGGAGUGUUUUCCAUAAAUGAGCAAAGAGACUGGGAAACAUGACACUCUUAUUCUGGGAUAUUUUAGUUACUUGAGGUUUAGCACUAAAAAUAGAAGUCUGGUACCAGCAGAAUCGAGGAGGAGACAGAAAACAAAGCGCGUGUUCAUCCAAACCUCUGCUUCGAGGUCCACUAGCUGCAACUUUGCAUCAUGCAUGCACUUAUUUUUAUAUAUAUAUAUAUAUAUUUGCUUUAGUUCAUAAUUUUUUGUCUUUAGAAUGGACCAUAUUCCAACACACAUUUUGGGAGAACAUUUGUUGAAAUGAUGCGCUGUGUUUCUCAGAUGUAUGCAUCAAAGGUACUUAUAUAUGAAACAGUAUACAGUUAUCCUUUAUACCUGUAGCAUUACUGAAAUUCCUUGUUAAGAUGAAAUGUACAUUUCUUGCUAUACAUUUGGUACUGUAUGCUCAUUGAGUGAUAGUCCUCCAUUGUUUGUGAACUACAGGAAGUGGUGCUGAGACCGAGGCACUCGUCUAAUUUGGUCUGUACAAAUAUUUUACCAAUUUGAAAGCAGAUAGAUACGCUAGCAGUGUUUAGGGUUGGGCAUCGUUUUGAUUUUAACAAUUCUGAUUCCAAUUCCGAUUCUUCUUUCGAUUCAGGUUCUUAUUGAUUCUUGAUUCCGAUUCUUUGAGGGGUGGAGUUGAACUGACAUGCCUAUUUUCACAAAUAAGAGGAAAGUUUUAUUUUGA